CACGGCAGAGCAGAAAAUCCCAAGCCGAAAGAUUGAGUGAGCCUGCACGAGGCUUCGUCGACUGAUUUUCGACUCUGUUAUUUAACGAUGGGCUAAACGUCCAUCCGCUCGAUACCUAUCGUGUUUUAGAUCGAACAUGUCUUCGUUUAACUCAUCAAGUGAUAAAAGCAGAUCGUCGCGCCGAACGAAAUGUCAUUGUAGCGUCAGACGAGAGCCUUUCGAGCUUAAGUGACAGGUAGAAAAAAACAUGGCCGCCGAUUGUCAUGUGCUCUAAUCUCGGCCGAAUAAUUGACCAGUUGUUGUUUGCUUUUGUCAUUAAAAGUUGAAAAAGAAUUUCAAAUCCAACCUCGAAAGUGAUCCGAUUCAUUUCUCGCGUUCAAAUCUACGCGUAAGAAAUUAUCGCGAUACAAUUUCGUACACGUACAAGACGCGUAUUAGCUGUUUGAACAGGAUAAUUUGCGUCUAAUUGUACGACGACGGCGACGACGACGACGACGACGGAAUCGUAAAGGUUAUUUACGUACGAUUUUUUCAACUCGUCAAAAGCAUGGGUAUAAAUAACUUGGAAAACCUGCGAAUUGACGCGCAGUGUCAAAAGUUUCCAAGGUAUCACGCUUUGUCUUUAUUUCAUGCGUUUGUAACUACGCGGCCCGGUUGUGCAAUAAGAAUAAUUUCCAAAUAAAGCACCGGUGGACAUGAUGAAAGGUGUUUAUAAAUUUCUUUGCUUCUUAUAAUUUUCUAUACCCAUAUACGUCUAUUCUCUUUUCGGCAAGUUAAAUUAUUUCCAACUCAUUGAGUCCGAUAACGUUAGUUCCCCGUUACGAACGGUGCAUUUCUAAGAGAGGAAGUUGAUAAUGAAGGUCCGCCGUAAACACAACCAAGGAACGGCAAAAACCCCGUGAAGAACAUACGCUGCACAUAAGUCGAGAGGCGAACGGUUCACCGCAAAAACGGAAGAAAUCUUUAUCAGCUGAAAACAGUCGAAGCAAGUCAACGACGACGCAAGGCGCGGCAAGUCGUUCUCGUCUCUUCUGUAAAAUGGCGUCUUAAAGUAAUGCAAGUAUACAGUUCUGGGCCGUGAUUUAAUCGUACAAAGUUUUGGACGUCAUAUUUGUCAGAUCGGUUCUUCGAAAGCGUUGCGUUGUGGUACGGACGAAGUGUGCGGGCGAAGAUAAUCCGAGAAGACAACAACCACGGGUCAAGGAGACGACGGAGAUGGACGUCUCUACCUCCUGCAACGCCACCAUGCAGCCACCGUCCCUACCCCCACCACCCGAUAAACACCUCGUCGUCGCGGAGACGGAGAUGACUGUAACCCACGUGCUGACAUUUGUUAAUCUGGCCGACAAUGGAGGUCAAAGGGUCGAUAUGUCGCACUUUGACCUACUGAAGGUCCUCGGAACCGGAGCCUAUGGGAAGGUCUUCUUGGUUCGGAAGAGAACCGGCGCCGAUACCGGACGUCUGUAUGCCAUGAAGACCCUAAAGAAGGCAUCGAUAGUUCAAAAAAAGAAGACCACGGAACACACGAAGACCGAAAGACAAGUCCUCGAGGCUGUUAGGGAUAGCCCAUUCCUGGUCACGCUGCAUUACGCUUUUCAAACAGACGCAAAACUCCAUCUUAUAUUAGAUUACGUUAGCGGCGGUGAAUUAUUCACUCAUCUGUAUCAACGGGAACAUUUCACGGAGGACGAAGUUCGAGUCUAUAUCGGCGAGAUAAUACUCGCACUGGAACAUCUGCAUAAGCUUGGAAUUAUAUACCGCGACAUUAAACUCGAGAAUAUUUUACUGGAUCGCGAGGGCCACAUAGUUCUUACCGAUUUUGGCCUCAGCAAGGAGUUUCUCCCUCAUGAGAGAGAGCACAAUGCCAGAGCCUACUCUUUCUGUGGUACGAUAGAGUAUAUGGCGCCUGAAGUUGUUCGUGGAGGAUCUGCGGGGCAUGAUAUUGCGGUCGACUGGUGGAGCGUUGGCGUUCUGACGUACGAACUGCUGACGGGUGCCUCGCCGUUCACAGUUGAGGGGGAGAGAAAUACUCAGCAAGAAAUAUCGAGAAGAAUAUUAAGAACGGAACCUCCUAUUCCUGGGCAUCUCAGUGCCUCUGUUCGGAGUUUCAUUUCAAGUCUUCUGGUAAAAGAUCCUCGACAGAGGUUAGGGGGAGGACCUCAGGAUGCCAAGGAACUCAAGGAACACGAAUUUUUCAAAAACGCUUCACCUGCCUUCAGUUGGGAAGCUCUUGAGUCUCGACAGAUUACUCCUCCCUUUGUACCCAGGAUCACUCACGAGCUAGACACAAGCAAUUUUUCAGAGGAAUUUACCAAAAUGGUUGCUGCCGAUAGCCCUGCUGUUGUGCCGCCAAAUUAUGACAAACUCUUUCGGGGCUAUUCGUAUGUCGCGCCAUCGAUAUUGUUCACGGAAAAUGUUAUCAGUGAGGAUAUAUUUAAACACGGUGAACGGACUACGAAUGAGGAUCAACACCAGCGUCCGUCGGCUUCGGACGUGUUGGCCGCUCGUUUCGAGGAAUCAAUGUUUUUCAAAACGUAUGAGCUUGACCCCAGAGAGGAAGCUUUGGGUGACGGAAGUUUUUCAGUGUGUCGUAGGUGUAGGCAUCGUGAAACGCAACAGGAGUUUGCAGUGAAGAUAGUUAGCCGAAGAGUCGAUUGCGGAAGGGAAGCGAAUCUAUUGCAGACCUGCCAGGGCCAUCCGAGUAUUGUAGAACUGAAACACGUUUACCACGACCGAGCUCACACCUAUCUAGUAAUGGAACUUUUGAAGGGAGGUGAACUCAUGCGGAAGUCUCGUCCCUUCCCUGAGCUUCAAGCCAGUCGAAUAAUGCGCCAGCUUGCCUCGGCAGUAAGUUUCAUGCACGCCAGAGGCAUCGUACAUCGUGACCUCAAGCCAGAGAACAUAGUAUUUGCCAACACAGGCGACGACUCGCUGGUGAAGGUGGUUGACUUUGGGUUCGCGAGAAUUAGACGAGGCCGCGAGCCUCUUCAUACUCCCUGCUUCACGCUACCCUACGCAGCGCCAGAGGUUCUUGCUAGGCAAGGAUACGACGAAAGCUGUGACCUCUGGAGCCUGGGCGCCAUCCUUUACUCUAUGCUCUCAGGACGGCCCCCAUUCCGAACGGGUUCACCGGAUUUUGCAUCACGCGUCAAGGCGGGUGACAUAGACUUUGACGGAGAGGCAUGGCGAGGAGUUUCAGCAUCGGCGAAGAACGUUGUACGGGGUCUUUUAACGACAGAUCCCAAUCGGAGACUCACUGCUACCGAGCUUGCUAAUCACGAGUGGGUUUUGGGCUCAACUACACCUGCCGCCACACCAGUGGCUGAAUCUUCUUCUUCUAUGUCAGCCUCAACCUCAAUGAGUGAAAAGGGCCAGAGCUUCAAGCUGAGGGAAGUCGAUUCGGCAAAGCUUGCUCAAAGACGAAGGCUUCCCAAAAGGUCCACAUCGAGUUCCGGGUCUUCUUCGGCUUCCACAGCGUCCUCGAACCCCUCCGUUCAGCUGCUCCAGCCACCCAGCGCGAGCACCACCAUCGCUUCCGCCUCCCCCGCGCAACCCAGUGUUUUUGACUUUGGCGAGGAAAGAGUAAACGAAUAUCUCAGUUCUUUGUCUUCCUCGUCUGACUCGAAUUCGCCAAGAAUAGCUGGCCGGAAAACUGAGAGGCCGAAUCAAUCCGGUGGCCCUAGAGCCAAAAGACGCAAACGCGAUCUUGACAAUGUUGCGAAUGUUCAGGAAGACGGAAAUGGAAGUGGUAACGGAAACGGGAGCGGAAAUGAAAACGGUCCGGUUACAAGAUCGAGAAAACGGAAGUUGGAGCAAAAUACUAGCGGUUCCGAUAGCUGUGUCGAAUCUACCGAUGCAACGACCCGCCCUGGUAAAAGAGAUCCAAUUGUACACAGAAAACAGAGAACUGGAAAACGGCCCAAGCGACUCGCUACCAUAAUAGUAGAGUAAAAAUUGGAUGUAAGCGUUUAUGAUAAGUUAAAGCUGACGAUAUUACUCGUUUUUGUUUCCUAUGCAUUUUCCGUGACGUAACGCUGCUGCCUUUGGGAGUUGAUCGUGCAAGACGCGGAUAUCGCACCAUUCCUAUCUCAGUACUUUUAGAUUCUUUGUAAAUACAUGUAGGUAAGUGUUGGUUUGAGCAUCGCCAUUAUCGCCUACUAUAUUUUCAAGUGGCGUCUUUGAUCAGUUUAUAAAGUGAAGGUGUUGAUUUUUUAACGGGUAGUUAGGCUAAAUUGUAAUAAUACUAACGACGACAACGUAGAUGAAAACAACU